AUGCUAGCAUGGUCCAUCAAGAUGUCCCAAUUCCAAAUCAAGUUUGAACCCCGAAACGCAAUCAAAGCACAAGCCAUGGCCGACUUCAUCGCCGAAAUGACUCCAGGAAAUCCCACUCCCGAGUCAUGGAAGCUGUACGUCGACGGCUCAUCAAACGUCACCUCCGGAGGUGCCGGGGUCAUACUCGAAAGCCAAAAUGGGGUCAUAAUCGAACAGUCAGUACGAUAUGAAUUCCCAGUUUCUAAUAAUCAAACAGAAUAUGAGGCCCUCCUGGCAGGCCUAGCCCUAGCCAAGGACGUCGGAGCAAAAUUCCUGGAAGUAAGCACCGAUUCACAGGUCAACGAACUGAAAGAAGGGUUCAAUCACAUCACCAUAUGGCACGUUCCCAGAGAACGAAGUACCAGAGCAGAUCUCCUCUCCAAGCUAGCCAGCACCAAACCAGAACACAGCAACAAAUCGCUAAUUCAGGAAGUCAUUAAAUCACCGUCGAUAUCCACAACAGCUAACGCUUGCCUGACACUCUCUGGCCAAGGAUCAUGGACCUACCCUAUCCUACAAUACCUCCUCGACGAAACACUACCUAAAGACCCCAAAGAGGAGAAACGAACAAAAAGAGAAGCCGCCAACUACACGGUCGUCACAGAACAACUAUACAAACGCGGACUCCCGCAACCCCUCCUCAAAUGCGUCGAACCCCGAGACACGGAGUACAUACUCCGCGAAAUCCACGAAGGUUGUUGCGGCCACCACAUCGGAGGAAAAACCCUCGCCCAAAAAGUUAUCCGAGCCGGCUACUUCUGGCCCACGGUUAUCCGGGACUCCAUGCAGUUAGUAAAAAACUGCGAUAAAUGCCAAAAGCACGCCAACAUCCACCAGGCCGCCCCGCACCAGCUCAGCAUCAUAUCGGGAGAGCGGCCAUUCAGCACAUGGGGAAUCGACCUUGUCGGACCCCUUCCUACGGCACCCAGCCGACUCCGAUAUCUCAUCGUCGCCAUAGAUUACUACACUAAGUGGAUCGAGGCCGAGCCCCUGGCCUCCAUCACGGCAACCCAAUGCCGAAAAUUCCUCUGGCGACAGAUCAUCACCCGAUUCGGGAUCCAUGAGAUCGUUAUCUCAGACAACGGAACCCAAUUUGCUGACAAAAACUCGGUAGAGCACCCCCAAACAAAUGGACAGGUGGAAUCCGCAAACAAAAUAAUCAUCAAAGGACUCAAGAAACGGCUCGAUGAAGCCAAAGAACUAUGGGCCGACGAACUCGGUUCGGUCCUAUGGUCAUACCGAACAACACCCCAAACGACCACAGGGGAGACACCUUUCCGAUUAACAUACGGCAUAGAGGCCGUCAUCCUAGUGGAGAUAGGAGACCCAAGCCCCAGAAAAACGGUCAGAGGGAACGAUGAGGAAGCGGAACGAGACCUCAUCACGAAGAAAGAAGCAUAG